AUGAAUAACAACAACAACAAUAGCAUUAGUAAAGAUAAUGAUAAUGAUAAUAGUAGAAAUAGUAAAAGAAAUAUUAUAGAUGUUGAUUAUUUAUUAAAAUUAUAUUCAUCGAGAUGCUCGCUAUCUUCUAUUCAUAUGGCACAUCAAAUCUACCUUGAUUUGAUGAUUCUAAAGAAUUGGUAUCAAAUUGAAUUCGACACGAUCUCAUUUCAAUCAUUGGUUACAUCAAACAUCACACAUUUAGGUGGUCAAGAUAACAGAGAUAUCAUUAUCUUAAAAGCAUUAGAAUCUAAUGUUGCAAAAGAAUCAGUUAUUAUUUUCCCAACUAAAAUAACCACUGAAUGGUCAUUUGAAAAGUUAGAUAAAUUAUUAAAGGAAUCAGGUACAAAAGUAGAUUACAAUAUAAAGUCAAUAGUUAUUUGUUGGAUGGAUCAAGAUUCUUCUUUGUCAUACUACAGAAUCGAUGAUUACAACAACACUACCUAUCCAUUACAACAACAAACAACACCAAACCCAUACACAGCACAGCGAUCACAAUCUCAAAAUCGGAUUGGUCCACAAAAUGCUAAAAAUGGAAAUUUAAUAUACGAAAAGUAUUUAAGAUUAAAUAUCUUGAUAUUCUUGGUUAGGAACAGACCUUUGAUUCAACAAUGCGGAUUCGACUUUCAGUCAGUCGCCGGUUUGAUACUUAGUGAGGGAUCGAAUUUGGGACAACACGAUAUCGCUGAUAUCUUUGAAAAGUCGUUGAUUCUCUUGUUAUUGGUUGAGAACAACACUCGUCAGCUAAAUUCUAACAAAUCAUUAUUAAAUCAAUACAUUGAACUCCUCUCUGGUUCUUCCUCCUCUUCCAACGCUUCAGACAAAAAGUCUGAGCUCGUCAACCUGUUUGCCAAUCACGCCCAAAAAGGUAACCUUGUAUCAUUGCUCUACAAUAUUUCAGAGCUUUCUUCUACAAUUGAUAUCAAUCAAUUGUUUAAACCACAACAACAACAACUAUCAUCACAACCAGUUGCUGUUACAUCUUCUACACCAUCCGCUUCUUCCACAUCUUUAGUUCCAAGCUGCAAUAGCACCCAAAGAUUCGUCCAACCAUCUGCUCUCAUUCCAACCUCCAUGUUGACCUCAUUGUUCAACAUCGCUCCACAACAACAACACCAAGUUGUCGAGAUUAAACCAUCCACUUCCAGCUGCUCAUCAGCUACUACCACUCCAGUCUUAACCUCCCAAAGCGACUCUCCAAUCUCCUCCCCAAAUCCAUUGUCAUUGUCAGCUGAGGUUGAGAAUGACGAUGAAUUCGAUAGCAACGAGAACCCAUUGUCCUCCUCCACAGAUGUCGUUCCACAAUCCAGUGGUAGCAACAUGCCAAACGGUGCCAACAAUCAAUCAAAUACCAAGCGUAAGCGUCGUCCAAGAGCACCAGCUCCAUUCUUGGAUUCCUUGUUCUGCCAUUCCUGUGGUGAAACUCAAACCUCACAAUGGCGUCGUGGUCCAGACGGUUGCAAAUCUCUCUGCAACGCCUGUGGUAUUCGUUUCGCCAACAUUGUAAACAAGGAGAAAGCAUUGGCUGCCAAAGACAACAACAAGACCAUUUCCAUCAAUAUGCUUCUCAACGACUCUGUCCAAGCUGACACCUCCAAGAACGAUGCCUUCCCAAUUGUGCCAACCACCCCACUCUCACUGCCAACCACACCAACAUCGGCACCAAAGUCCAUUCCAUUCUAUAGCAAUACCAAGCUCUCAUAUGCACCAGCACCACCACCCAAAAAGUCGGUUUCCGCUACCAACUUGAUUGGAUCACCAUCGUCUUCACCACAACUCUCACCAAACCUCCUCCUCAAUAAUAACAACAACAACGCAACUCACAAACGUAAACUCUCAAACUCAACCAACACUACUCUCCCAAUCAUUUCACCAUCUUCAUCAUCGAUGAAAUCACACAAGACUUUCCACCCAUUUGAAAGUCACGAUCUUACUGCUUCGAUCCACCAAUCACUCAAUAACCUCACCGCAUCCGCUGCUCCAACCAAAUUCGGUUUUUCAAGUUUCCCACUUGAUGCACUGUCUACCAUUGCUUCAUCAGAGGCACUGCUCAUCAACAAUGAUCAUAUCAUCAAUUAA